AUGGACGUGGACAAACUCUUCAAGCUCCCCUCUCUCCCCUCCGCAGCAGUCAACAAACGCAACUGGACAGCUCCAAAACCCGAUGACCCCUCCCCAGCCUCCUCAUCAUCUACCCAACCCACGCCAUCAUCAGACGACCCUACCGCUCGCCCAGCGAAAGCCGCCCGAGUAGCUGACGAGGAAGGUGAAGGCCAAGAUGCUCCAAAUGAAGAGGACGAAACAUACUUCUUUUCAGAUGACGACCAAGAAGAUGGCCGAUUCUUCGGCGGCGGACUUACCGCUGAACAGAAACAAAUCCUCGACAUCAUGGAUUCCAACAACGACCCUUCCGGCUCCUCCUCCUCCACUGAUCCAUCUGCCACCUCUAACCUUCCCUCCCUGCGCAAGCAGCUACUGCGCUUCGAAAGAGCAAUCAACAAAAACGCCGAAAUGAGAACCAAAUACUCCUCCGACCCCACGCGCUUUAUCGACUCUGAAGCGGAUCUCGACGCUGAACUCAAGUCUCUCCUCGUUCUUACUACCCAACCGAUACUCUUCUAUCCCGAAUUCGUAAAGCUAGGUGGAGCGUCCAGUUUAGCAGGUCUACUAAGUCACGAGAAUGCAGAUAUCGCAGCUAGCGCAAUACAGGUGAUUGAAGAGUUGACGGAUGAUGAUGUUCUCGAUUCCGCCAAUCCUGAUGCGGAGGAGGGUGAGGGGGAGAGUGGGCUGGAAGCGAUGAAUGUGUUGGUGGAGGCGUUCUUGCAGCAGAGUCUCUUGGAUUUGUUGGUGUCGAAUCUUGGAAGGUUUGACGAUUGGCUCGAUCCGGAUCUGCCACCGGAAGAAGCAACCGGGAGGGCAGUGGAAGUAGAGAAUGAUGCCCAGGCGAUAUAUCAUACUUUGGGAGCGAUAGAGAAUCUUGUUUCGUCUCGACCGGCGUUAUCGGAGCUACUGGUAAAAUCAACCAGCUUUUUACAAUGGACGUUAACAAGGUUAGCUACAAAGAGGGAGACGGUGGAUCAGAACGCAAGUUAUGCAGCCGAGCUUUUAGCUAUUUUGUUGCAGUCUUCCCCGCCAAAUCAAGCCGCACUUGGUGCAACGAAGUCAGACAGAAAGGUCGGAGGCGAGAAUGGCAUCGACGUCCUUCUCACCAUCCUCUCCCGCUACCGCCGAAGAAAUCCAGAAGGAGGGGAAGAGGAAGAAUUUGUCGAAAACAUCUUCGAUUCUCUCUGUCUCUCCCUCUUCCAUCCUCCCAACAAGACCUUAUUGCUUGUAGGAGAAGGAGUGGAAUUGAUGGUGAUCCUCAUGAAAGAGAAGAAAUCUUUCGGUCGAGUUCGCGCGGUCAAAGUCCUCGAUCACGCCUCGUCAGGUCCCGCAGGUGGAGCUGCAUGCGAACGGAUCGUCGAAGCAGGCGGUCUCUCACCCCUGUACAGCAUCUUCAUGGACUGCAACACUUCAAGUAAACGAGGUCGAACAACAGUGACACUUGCUGACGCAGAACACAUCCUCGGCAUCCUGGUAUCCAUGUUCACCCAUCUAGCUUCCGAGAGUAUGCCUCGGAUCCGAUUGCUGGCCAAGUUCGUUAGUGAGGGUUACCAAAAAGUGGAUCAACUAUUGGAUCUUCGCGAUGCACUCACUUCCCGCUUGGACUCGAUUGCAAGAACGACAGAGGAGGAGGAGGAUGGAGAAGAGUUUUACCUGGCAAAGCUAGAACAAGGUUUGUUCAGUCUGCAACUGCUAGAUACCGUGUUGGCUUGGGUGGUGAUGGAAGAUGAUGCGGUGAAAGAUCAUGUCAGUGUGUUGCUGAGAAGAAAGGGGCUUGGGUGGAAGGAUGUGGGAGGGGUGUUGAGGGAAUAUAGAGAGAAUAUUGGUGAUGAUGAGGUUUCAGUUGAUGCGACAGGAGAAGCUAGUCUGAAGACGAAAGAUAUUCUUUCUGCGCUCAUAGAUUAUCUUGAAGCAUUGUAG